AUGGCACAAUCCGCCCCUCCCAUGACAUUUAAAGUCCGACGAAACCCGCCGGAGACCAUCUUUCCGGCUAAACCGACACCUCGAGAUUUUAAGCCUCUCUCCGACAUCGACGAUCAGGAAGGCAUUAGGUUUCAGGUUUCCAUGAUUCUUUUUUAUGGACAAAAUCCAAAAAUGGAAAAUAAGAAUCCAGCAAGUGUUAUAAGGGAGGCUCUGGCUAAUGUGCUGGUGUUUUACUAUCCGUUUGCUGGCCGGCUAAAGGAAGGCCCGGCCAAAAAACUGAUGGUUGAUUGUACGGGUGAGGGUGUGUUGUUUAUUGAGGCGAAAGCUGAUGUGACGCUGAAGCAGUUUGGGGAGGCGCUUUACCCGCCUUUCUCUUAUAUGGAAGAGCUUCUUUAUGAUGUUCCGGGCUCUGGUGGAAUUGUUGAUUCACCAUUGAUGUUGUUUCAGGCAACCGUAAAUCAAAUUUAA